AAAGAUAAGUUUUUUUUUCGCCGCUUUUGUCUAGAUGAUCUACGGACGGGAUCCGACCGACCAGGACCCGGACUGAGGAUCGGGAUCCGGGACGGUGGUCGGGAUUUCCCUACUUGUGCGUUGGAGGCGCGUGCACGGCCGGGCGCUGAGUCUGUGUGUAUGUAGGCGCGUGCACGGCGCGGACCUCAGGACCGCGGGCCGAUGCGCGGCUCGGAGCUCCGGUCCGGCCCCGGGAGCGGCCGCGCCCCGCUGGAUCCUCCGGAGCGGAUCUGGGAUCAGGUUUCUCUCCGCUCCUGAAACUCCUUCUGGAGCCACCGGAAUUCCCCUUUUUUAAAAAACCGGUUCCAGACUGAGACUGUGAACAUUUAAAGACUCGGAUCCUCAAAGUUUGUUUGUUUGUUUGUGGAGUUAUGAGGCGCGCGCGCCACACGCAGCCUGAACCCAGCUGACAGAGUUCCGAUCACUGAUCGAUACUUUUGAUCCCAUCUGGAGUGGAUUUGGAGGGUCGGGCCGGGGGGAUGGAGGGUGUCCGAGUCCCGGGAUGGGCCCGGUCCUGCGGGCUGCGCUGGCUCCUCCUCCCGCUGCUGCUGAUUGGCUGCAGGGCCGAUGAAGAGGUGUUGAUGAACACCAAGCUGGAAACGUCUGACCUGCGAUGGACGAACCAUCCUGCUGAUGACCUGCAGUGGGAAGAAGUUAGCGGACUGGACGAUGAGUCCAACAGCGUGCGGACCUAUCAGAUCUGCACACCUGAUAGUCCCUCAUCCUACUGGCUGAGGACACAGUGGAUACCAAGGAGGGCGGCGACCAUCCUCUACAUCGAGAUCCGGUUCACCAUGAUGGAAUGUUCGGGGCUGAACCAGCGUCACUGUAAGGAAACCUUCAAUCUUUAUUACUACCAGGCCGACAGCGACGAAGCCACGCCCACUCACCCUGCCUGGAUGGAGAACCCCUACACCAAGGUUGCCACGGUAGCGGCGGACCACCUGCUGCGGCGUGGCGGUGAGCGGCGCUCCAACGUGAAACUCUUGCGAGUGGGGCCACUGCGAGGGGCGGGGCUCUACCUGGCCUUCCACACGCAGGGCGCCUGCAUGGCUCUGCUCGCUGUACGCGUCUUCUACAGGAAGUGCCCGCCCCUACGCCGCGCCUUCGCCUCCUUCCCCGAAACAGUUCCCCACUCGCUUGUGGAACAGGCUCAGGGUGUGUGUGUAGAGAACGCCAUCACGCCACCCGGUGAGCACUUGCAGCCUCCCAGCAUGCUUUGUGGUGAAGACGGACAGUGGGUGGGACAGCCCACGUCCACCUGCGCUUGUCGUCCCGGAUAUGAUGCUGGCCAGUCCGACGUACGCUGCCGAGCAUGUCCAUCAGGCCAGUUUAAGGCGGGGUCAGGACCUGCUGGGUGUGGCCCGUGUCCAAGCAACAGCAACACACUCAUCCCAGGCUCCGCCUACUGUCCGUGUCACCAUGGCUACUACAGAGCUGAUUCUGACCCGCCUCACGCCGCCUGCAGCCGUCCUCCCUCUGCACCCCGAUCCAUAGUGAGCCAGAUCAACGACACCACUGUGACUCUGGAGUGGAGGGAGCCGUUGGACCGUGGAGGACGGAGCGACCUGACAUACAGAGUCCUCUGCUCCUACUGUGGGACUGGCACCACCAAGUGUGGUGAUGGCGUGUUAUACCGGCCGGCACAUCAGGGUCUGGACUCACGCCGUGUGGUGGUUUGGGGACUCAGCCCCCACACCAAGUACACUUUUACUGUCCAAUCGUGAACGGGGGUGUCAGCUCUUAGCCAAUCAGAGCCAGCCGCAGACAAAGUCAAUGUCACCCACCCAAGCAGAGACGUGCCUCCUCCAGUGUCUGGUCUGAAGAGGACCACAGCCUCAGAAUCCAGUCUGUCCAUCGAGUGGAAUGUCCCGCUCCUGCAGAAUGGCUACCACAUCCUGGACUAUCAGAUCCGCUACAGUCCCAAAGGCGGAGAGGAGGCGGGCCAGUGGGAAUACGAAUCCAGCAAAUCUUCUUCGGUGGUGUUGGUGGGCCUUCGGCGGGCAGCAUGGUACCGCGUGCAGGUGCGCGCUCGCUCGCAGGCUGGAUACGGGUCGUUCAGUGUGGAGAGCAGCUUCAACACGCUUCCUGACGAGGACGCCGGACACUCCAGAAUGAUACUGAUGGGGGUUCUGGUUUCUGUGGGGUUACUGCUGCUCAUUGCCGUGGCAACAGUGGUUAUUUACUGUUACUGCAGGAAAGCGAAGGACUCACGAGUGAAUGACAAGUUUGGACACUACCAGAUGGGUCACACGAUGAAGGUGUACAUUGACCCGUUCACCUAUGAGGACCCCAACGAGGCGGUGAGAGAGUUCGCCAAAGAGAUCGACGCCUCCUUUGUCAAGAUUGAGGAAGUGAUCGGAGCAGGUGAGUUCGGGGAGGUGUGUCGUGGCCGGCUGCGGAUCCCGGGUCGGAAGGAGAACUACGUGGCCAUCAAAACCCUGAAGGGCGGCUACACAGAGAAGCAGAGGAGGGACUUCCUGUCAGAGGCCUCCAUCAUGGGUCAGUUCCAGCACCCGAACAUCAUCCACCUGGAGGGCGUGAUCACCACCUCGUGUCCCGUCAUGAUCCUGACCGAGUUCAUGGAGAACGGCGCUCUGGACAGCUUCCUGAGGAUGAAUGAUGGACAGUUCACCACCAUCCAGCUGGUGGGGAUGUUACGUGGCAUCGCUGCGGGGAUGAAGUAUCUGUCAGACAUGAGCUUUGUGCACCGAGACCUGGCGGCUCGAAACAUACUGGUCAACUCCAACCUGGUCUGUAAGGUGUCAGAUUUUGGCCUCAGCAGAUUCCUGACUGAAAACUCCUCAGACCCGACGUACACCAGCUCUCUGGGAGGGAAGAUUCCCAUUCGAUGGACAGCUCCUGAGGCUAUCGCCUACAGGAAGUUCACAUCAGCCAGUGACGCCUGGAGUUACGGCAUCGUCAUGUGGGAAGUGAUGUCAUACGGAGAGCGGCCAUACUGGGACAUGAGCAACCAGGAUGUGAUUAAUGCCAUUGAGCAGGACUACAGACUGCCGCCGCCCCCAGAAUGCCCCGCCUCUUUACACGCGCUAAUGCUGGACUGCUGGCAGAAGGAGCGGGCCAACCGGCCGAGGUUCUGUGACGUGGUGGCAGCACUCGAUAGGCUGAUCAGAAACCCCGCCUCCCUGAAGGUGACACACCCAGACGGACCAGGUCCGUCCCAGCCUCUGUUGGACCAGCGUGUCCCUCCUCCGUUGUCCGCCUGUGGUUCGGUUUCCGAGUGGCUUCGAGCGAUAAAGAUGGAGCGUUAUGAGCAGAGUUUUCUUCAGGCCGGGUUCACCAGCCUGGACCUGGUGUCUCAGCUGAACACUGAAGACCUGCUCAGAGUGGGCGUGACCCUCGCUGGCCACCAGAAGAAAAUCCUCUCCUCCAUCCAGACACUCAGAAUACACAAAGCCCCGCCCACCAUGCUCUACUGACCAAUGACAGCCCUGCUUGUCUGUACUGUGGAAAACCACAGCUCUUGUGAUGCGUCAUGCUCCUCCCACUAAUGUUUGACACGCCCAGUUCACUUAACUCCUCCCAUUACCCUUUGACUUCUCCAAUCUUCACUCCGCCCACUGUUCCAGUCACAGGGUGGUUGAAAAUGGGCGGGGCCUGAAUUUUGUUGAUGUCAUGACUGGUUGCUGAGGUGAUAUUAUAUUAGGGCGGAGCUAAUUUAACCAGACAAGCUCAACAAGUGUGUUUUUUACACUUGGACAGAUCAGGAUUUGAUCAGACUGGAUUAUGUGACACGUUAGCCGCCUCUGUUUAACUCGCCUCGGACUUCUCUACCUUUUACUGACACACUUCCAGAAUGACCUUUUACCUCAGUUAGAACAAACUCCGCCUACUUCCGACCUGUGGCUAAUCAGAGCAGAGAUCAGCUGAGACUCGUUAAUGAUGUCAGAGGUGACUGUUUGUGCAUUUUUAUCGAUUAAACAUGAAUUAUGUCUGUUUUUAAGUGUUUGAAGCAAAAAAAUGUGAAUUUUUUUUUUUUAGUCCAAAGAGCAAAAACAAACAAAAAUCCGUGCAGAUUUUAGAAUCUUGUUGUGACUCCGCCCUGCCACAACACACCAGCCAAUCCACACCUGAGGAAA